AUGGGCCCACAGUCAGCGUCACGCGAGACGCGGAUGACCUUUUCUGGCUUCAUGGAAGGCCAAGCAGCCAAGCAGAUAGUAAGACUGCUACGCGACUGUGAGACCGUAGUACUCGCGUGCGUAACGGCAGCGAAGGUCGACUCGACCACCUAUUCCACGGUUCUGCCUGGUUCUGAUGGCACAACGGCGAUCCGUCCAGCUCUUGAAGAGGACUAUGUCAUCUUCGUGGCCGCCUACCAGGCCAAGGACAAAGCCGAUCUAAUGCAACGGCGCGAGCAAAUUCGACAAGGACAAGUCCUGCAAGCACAAACAGUUAGGAAGCUGAAUGUGUUCGUCCACACCGUAAAUAAAAGUUAUUCUGCUUGUUUCAAUGAUGCAGAAGCUGACAUUUCUCACCGUAACAACGCUAGGCUACCUGUUCAUGCCCAGUAUAGCGCCUGCUACAACGUAGAUGCAAGCAAUUGCAAAUCGUACGGCAACUCGCGUAGCGCUAGUCGGCGAAUUGAACUGAACAUGCAGUUCCGCUUCUCGCGGGUGCAUCGGACUGAAGGCCCCACAACCACCAGAUCCGGACAGAACGCACGCUACAAUACGGAUGCAUGGACUAAGAAGCGCGGUGCACACAUGCAUCUGCGCCAGCUUGCUGUCAAGCUGCAACAGGCGCGCGCCGCAGCCAUGUGGACGAUCGGCCUGCGCACUUGGGUCGAUCACACCGAGAUGCAAUCCCAGAUGCGCCGUUACAGUCGCAGCGGGGGCAAGCAGGCGUCAAGAAUAGUCCGUGAGAAUUGCGGGAGAAGCCGGGCGCGCAUCCCUCUGCCCUUGGCGUCGCUCGCCGACUUCAGGGGCUGCUCGACAUUAGUGUGGGCGGGGAGGGGGGGAUCCACCGCGGCAAGCAACCGGCACGCACCGGUAGGAUACGUAUCUGCAAGUCCACUGCAUAGGCGUGGCGGCACGAGUUAUCUGGGGUUUCAGCGCGGGCCGCAAGUGGGGGAUGUGAUCGGGCACAACGAAACGGAUGCAGGAAACAACGAUAGGAGCUUGCGGGUGAACGGAUCCAGCCCGGCGCAGCGCCCUGCGUUGCCUGCUGGGCGUCGGAACCAGGGCGGCUGGGCGGGGGUGGUGAGACGUCUCGCUAGGCGGUGCGAUGACGCAAGGCCGAGAGCAGGAAGACAUGCGCCAGCGUUUGCUGGAGAGCAACGCCAUACGCUCGCGCUGCGCUGCAAAGCUGGUGGUGACGCACCAGCGCUACGCAAGUGCUCUCGCAGUGGCGCGGAUUCUAGAGGCAUGGCAAGCGCGUACAUUUGCUCAUUGGGGCGGCAGACUGGCAGCGAACAAGACGGGCUCCGAUACGAAACAUGGGCAUCCAAAAAUACGGAGCGACGCGUAAGCGCACACGCAAGCACGACAACAGAUGCGUCAUUUGCUGAGGGCUCGGGCGGCGGUACAGCCUCGACAGGAAGAUCGGAACUUGUUGAAAGCCGUAGACCAGAGAUCGUGUGCACUAGGAGAAGCGGCAAGGGAUCUCGGAAGACUGGCGGAUUAGGCGAGUGGAUCGCAAAAUACCAUGUACACAAAGGGCGAGAACGGCAGGCCGACCCUUGA